UUCAGUCCCGUUUCCCUCCAUGGUUUCCCCUCUCUCCGACCAACUUAGCGUUUGGCUCAGUUCAUUAUACAGUCCUAUAUUCUCCCUCCAUAAGGGCAUCUCUGCCUUUGGACUAGAAGAUCCCAUCAAAACCCAAGAGAGAAAAGUUUAACCUUCGCAGGGGAAGAAGAUGGACAUGAAAAAGAGGAUCCACUUGGAGCUAAGAAACAGGACACCGUCUGAUGUACGAGAACUUGUCCUCGACAACUGUCGAUCAGUUGAAGGGAAAAUUGAAGGCCUCACAGCUGAGUUCGUCAACCUGGAGUUCCUCAGUUUGAUAAAUGUUGGGUUAAUCUCAGUGUCCAACUUACCUAAACUAGGAAAACUGAAAAAGCUGGAGUUGAGUGACAACAGAAUCAGUGGUGGCCUUGAUGUUUUAGCAGAGAAACUCCCCAACCUCACACAUCUAAACCUGAGUGGCAACAAAUUGAAAGACAUCAGCACAUUGGAACCUUUGAAAAAACUGGACAACCUGAAGAGUUUGGACCUGUUCAACUGUGAAGUAACAAACCUAAACGACUAUAGAGACAGUGUGUUCAAGUUGCUGCCUCAGCUCACCUACCUGGAUGGUUAUGACAUGGAGGACAGGGAAGCUUCCGAUUCUGACGGCGAGGUGGACGGAGAUGGUGUAGAUGACGAUGAAGAUGAAGAGGGAGAGGAAGACGAAGAUGGAGAGGAAGAGGACUUUGAUGAUGAAGAAGAGGAUGAGGAAGACGAAGAUGGAGAGGAGGUAGAAGGAGAAGAGGAUGAUGAGGAAGUCAGUGGUGAAGAUGAGGAGGAGGACUUUGGUCAGGAUGGAGAAGUGGAUGAAGAGGAUGAUGAUGAUGAUGAUGACGAUGAAGAAGAAGCAGAUACUGGCAAAGGUGAGAAGAGAAAGCGGGACCCAGAGGAUGAGGACGACGACGACGACGAUGAAGACGACGAUUGAAAGCAAAACUGAGAACGAGAGCUUACCGAGUUUUUGCCCCCACACAAACCCAAACGUCCACCCUCCAACAACUCGCACCGCCUUUGUAAUUCACGUUUACCCCCGCCCCCCCCCCUUACCACCACCACCUCCCAGCUCUGUGCUCUUUUUAUGUGGCAAAGACUGUACCGGAAGGGUGAGCCAAGUGGAGCUGCCCCCCCACCUCUUCUCUUCUCUCCCUCCCUCCCUCCUCUUUUUUCCCCCCUCCCUUCAUGAAACUGAGAGCCACCCAACACCCUCCACCUCACCCCACCCAAGGCCCCCGAGGUUCUCAGGCAGCCCGCCACUCAGCAUUCCACAAUUUCACUGUCAAUCCCUCUUUAUGUAUUCCCGUGUGAGGAUUUUGGGACUGGUAUCUAGUUUUGGGUCUGUGCUUUUAAUAUUUUGUUGGAUGAAUUUUUUUUUUUUUUUUGGGUUUAUUAUUUUCCCUUUUUUUUUGUCUUAAGUUUUUUUUUCUUUUCUGUUCCUUAUUUUCCCAAUAAAAUUAUUGCUAUAGCAGCUGUGCAACCAGCAGGCCAUGGUUUUUAGUGUGGCUGCCUGUUGCACAAAUCAAGGUUGUAGCUACAUUUUUACUUUCUGUAUGACAAAAAAAAAAAAGGAAAAAAAACAACUUUGUAAAUAAAAUGUUAACAUUUUG